UCCAACCCAACUCUUAUACUUGAUUUGAUUUUCAAUCCGCGUCAACACGCACAUAUAUACAUUACCACGUCUGGUUCAUUAUCUCCCACUGUAUCAUAACUUUUCACCAUUUGAGACGAUCGAUUGUGGAGGGCGGCGGCGCGAGAUUUACGAUCAACAACCAUCUGCGACGAACCGCUUGGACCCUGUCGCGACCAACAUCUUCUUCCUUCGCGUCUCUUUUUAAACUUUUAAUUCGUAUAUCAACCCACGACCACCGGAGCUAGUAUCAGGAAGGCUAUACGGAUUCUUAUAGCUACGCGCGGUCGAUAGCGGGAUUCAGUUUGUCUUUCAAUAUGAAGGGCUUCAAGAAAGCCAUGAACUUAUCACGGACAAAGUCCAAUGAUUCCAAAUCAAAAUCACCUCAACCAUCCACUUCCAAACCACAACCACCUAUACCCAACACCACAUCAUCCGGUCCUUCUUCUCCGGCUGUCAAUUCACCGACAACAGACCGUACCGCCUCCCCAUUCGGUGCAGGUCAACAGAACCCUCUCACACCUCGUCGAUCUCCUAUCAAUGAUAAAGCAUCUCCAGCUCCUCCCAUGAUCUCCAUAUCUGCCGCUCCCAACCAAGGACCGGUUGGUACGGAGAUGCCAGCGGAUCCUAUUCCCCAUUCGCCACAUGGUCGAGGACUCGGUUCACCAGACCGACAAUUGGGUCCGGACGGAACUCCCACUCCUCCACGCGCUGGUCCUCUGAAUAGACUGAGGGGGGCAGCGAAGGAUACGAUACCAAUUGUCGGAAAGACACCUCGAAAACAGCGUAGUAGUAGAUUCUAUGUGACGGACAAUGUGGAAAUUGAGAAAUUACCAAAUUUCCAAGAUGUUCGGCCGGAGGAUAGAAACGAACUUUUUGUUCAGAAGCUUCAGCAAUGUAGAGUGAUUUUCGACUUCAACGACGCCAGUCGCGAUUUAGACGGCAAGCAGAUCAAAGCCCAAACACUGCAUGAGAUGCUUGAAUACAUCACCUCGAACAGGGGCGUCAUCACCGAGAAUAUUUAUCCUGAAGUUAUUGGCAUGUUUGCCACAAAUUUGUUUAGAUCAAUUCCUCCGCAGGUCAAUCCCACUGGGGAUGCAUUCGAUCCCGAGGAGGACGAACCGGUGCUUGAGCUGGCAUGGCCACAUUUGCAAAUUGUAUACGAGUUCUUCCUGCGCUUUGUCGAGAGUCCCGACUUCAACACGAACGUCGGAAAACGGUACAUAGAUCAAGGGUUUGUUUUGCAGUUAUUGGAUCUGUUCGAUUCAGAAGACCCGAGAGAGCGAGAUUUCCUAAAAACUACCUUACACCGGAUUUAUGGUAAAUUCCUCAAUCUACGAGCUUUCAUUCGACGCUCGAUCAAUCAUGUCUUCUUUCACUUCGUCUACGAGACAGAGCGACAUAAUGGUAUCGCCGAGCUUCUCGAAAUCCUUGGGUCCAUCAUUAACGGAUUUGCCCUGCCUUUGAAGGAAGAACACAAAAUUUUCCUCACCCGCGUACUCCUCCCGCUCCACAAGGCCAAAAGUCUUGCGCUAUACCAUCCUCAGUUGGCUUACUGCGUGGUGCAAUUCUUAGAGAAGGACGCCGCUCUCACCGAAGAUGUGUUGCUUGGACUAUUGCGAUAUUGGCCCAAGGUCAAUUCUCCAAAAGAGGUCAUGUUCCUGAACGAGGUGGAGGAGAUAUUGGAUGUCAUUGAACAAGUCGAGUUUGUCAAGGUGAUGCAACCGCUGUUCACUCAGCUGGCGAAGUGCAUCAGUAGUCAACAUUUUCAGGUGGCUGAAAGAGCUUUGUAUUAUUGGAACAACGAGUAUAUCGUCAAUCUCAUGGGUGAACAUAUCACUGUUGUUCUGCCUAUAGUAUUUCCCGCCCUAUAUCAAACUUCGAGAGCGCACUGGAACAGAACGAUUCACGGGAUGGUCUGCAACGCUCUGAAGUUGUUCAUGGAAAUUAAUCCUGAGGUAUUCGAUCAAUGUCAAACGAACUAUAAACGACAACGUAGACUGGAUUGGGAAAAAUCUGUCGCACGAUAUGACGAAUGGGUUGAACUUCGGGAACAAGCAAUCACCAGUCAUAAAUCCACACAUCCCUCUGAACCUAUACCAGCUUUCCUCACCGAACCCUUACCUGCUCGACCGGAAGACUUCGUGGAAGACAACAUGCCAGAUCUAUCCGCAGAGCUCACCGCUAAUGGCUUCGACGCCAGCGAGAGCUUCACCUUGGAUCGUAGUAUGGCAGAUGAUAUCGUACCUGUCGCCGACCCCGGUAUGGACAGACCUUCCCCUACCUCUCCGGUCGGAAUGGCACUUCAUGCGAACGGUCCUGCCAGCCCGACACCAACGGGAGGUCCUCAUCUGCGGAGAAAGAGUGUGUUGCCUAUCGACCCAGCUGUUAUGAGAGAUCUUCAGAACCAUCGAAGUUUAGAAGGAUCACCAGCCACGACCUCUGAUGAGCGUCCAUGAUAAAAAGAAAUAAAAGACGAAGUGGUGUAUUGUAUCUAUUGUGAAGCCUGUUUAGUCUUUAGAAAACGAAAUUUUCUCAGAAUUCCCAUUACUUUUAUUGGUACGCAAUAAUUAGCGGACGGAUUUUCAGCACUUGCAUUCUUUGCAAAUUCAUCAUCCAGAUUGUUAUGCUUUCCAUUCACUACCUUCUGCGUUUGACCCGGAUAUUUUAUACCCCCUCUGCAUCGGUAGUUGAUAGAUGUAGGACAUGCAGUGCAUAAAUGGG